UGUAGGUCUAUGCGAAAAACACCCAGGUUAAAAAAAGCUCAGCGGAGAGGCCGCGGGAUGACUAAAUGUGAUAGUUUCUCCGGUUCUUUGCGACACGGUUGUUGCUCGGGUUUGUGUCGGUGUAAAGGUAAACGUGAAGAGGAGGUUCUCCAUCAUUUUGAGGAGCAGGAGCAUCCCGAUGAGAAGAAAUCUGACGGUUCUAACGAGCAUGUGAAGUGGAACCAUGACAAGUCAACUUAAAAGAACCGGUCCAUCUCACAGGACCGAUGGAGGCAGACGGACUCGGACACAAAUGAUCACACUGUGGYUUCCAGAGGACCGUGUCCAUGAGGCUGGACUGGAAACAGGAAGUGGACAGUGUUUGGAUCACUUCAGGGACCUGUAGGCAUGCUCAGUUUGUGCCUCUGACACAGAACCCAGGGACAGUAUUGGACUGAGCGAACGGGCGCAGUGAUGUAACAACACAUCUCUCUCUGGUGAACGGGUCGUGACAAUCAGAACUCUGCUGUAGUUCUGGCCACACGAUGUGGGCUUCAAAGAGACCAACGAAGAAGGAAACGGGUGAAAGCCACUCUAACCUUUGAUCCACUCCUGCACAACGACACAGAACUUCUCUGUUUUUCAUUAAAAAAAAACAACUAAAGGUUGAGGCUCGGAGUCAUCAUCAUGCCACGGAACCAAGCUUUUUCAGAACCGGAGUUUUCUGCGGAGUAUUCUGCGGACUGCUCGGUGACGUUGCCCUCUGACCCGGGCCAGGCUGUGGGGCGGACACACGAGGUGACGGUGAGGAGCUCGGGGUGCUGCCUGUGCCUGCCGCGCUUCAUGCGCCUCACCUUUGCACCGGAGUCUUUAGAGAACCUGUACCAGACCUACUUCAGGCGGCAGAGACACGAAACCCUGCUGGUUCUGGUCGUGUUCGCGGCCCUGUUCGACAGCUAUGUCCUCAUCACCUGCGCGGUGGUCUACACCUCCGACAGGCUGGCCUCUGUUUUAGUGGCGUCAGUGGGACUCACGGGCGACAUUAUUCUCUACCUGCUGUGCCGCUUCGGGCUGCUUCCGGACCGGAUCACGCGGCGGGUGGUGCCCUACGCCCUCUGGGUGCUCAUAGCGGUCCAGAUUUUCUGCUACUUAGGUCUGAACUUCGCUCGCUUCCACCAGGCCAGCGACACGGUGGGCUGGCAGGCGUUUUUCAGCUUUUCUUUCUUUCUCACGCUGCCUUUGAGACUCACACCCAUUGUGCUCGUCACGGCCGUGUCCUGUGCGGUCCACACUCUGGUUCUGGGGGUCACCAUUGCACAACAGCAACAGCAGCAGCAGCAGGACAUCGAGGGGGCGGCGCUCACCCGACAGCUGUUGGCCAACCUUGUGAUCUACAUAUGUACCAUCACUGUGGGUGUCAUGUCCUACUACAUGGCUGACCGAAAGCAUCGAAAGGCUUUUCUGGAGGCAAGACAGUCACUGGAGGUUAAACUUAACCUGGAAGAGCAGAGCCAGCAACAGGAGCGUCUUCUGCUCUCCAUUCUUCCCAAACACAUUGCAGAUGAGAUGCUGAAGGACAUGAAGAAGGAGCCCAGUCAGAAGGAGAUGCAGCAGUUCAACACUAUGUACAUGUACAGGCAUGAAAAUGUCAGUAUUUUGUUUGCAGACAUUGUGGGCUUCACCCAGCUGUCGUCGUCCUGCAGCGCUCAGGAACUGGUCAAACUGCUCAAUGAGCUGUUCGCUCGCUUUGACAAGCUGGCUGCUAAAUAUCACCAGCUGAGGAUCAAGAUCUUGGGAGACUGCUACUAUUGUAUCUGUGGUCUUCCGAUCUACAGAGAGGACCAUGCUGCCUGCUCCAUUAUGAUGGGCCUGGCCAUGGUGGAAGCCAUCUCGUACGUUCGAGAGAAAACCCAGACUAAUGUGGACAUGAGAGUGGGCGUGCACAGUGGUACGGUCCUGGGUGGAGUUCUGGGCCAGAAAAGAUGGCAGUAUGAUGUCUGGUCCACAGACGUCACUGUGGCCAACAAAAUGGAAGCUGGAGGUAUUCCUGGUCGGGUCCACAUCUCGCAGAGUACCAUGGAGUGUCUUCACGGAGAGUUCGACAUGGAACCAGGGAACGGCGGAGACCGCUGUGACUACCUGAGAGAGAGGGGCAUCGAGACCUACCUGGUGAUUGUUCCUAAAGGAGCUGUGGGAAAGAAUGGCAUCAGUGGUGUGAAGCUGUCUGUCACCUCCUCUAAUGGAAACUCUCCACUUUUAAUCAACACGACGGAGUGUAACGGCAGUGUGAACACAGCCUGCARCACACCGGAGGAGCCGGAGGAGCUGGACACCAGGGUGGUGAAUCCGUCCUUCCCGAACCCUCGGAGAAGGCUGCGGCUGCGCGAUCUGGCCGAGAGGGUGAUCGAUGCUCAGGAGAAUGAGCAGGAGCUCAACAAGCUGCUGAACGAGGCUCUGCUGGAAAGAGAAACCGUUCAGGCUCUGAAAGGGAAACGGACCAACAAGCUGUCCCUGAGGUUUGUGGAUCCAGACAUGGAGACCCUGUUCUCCAAAGAGAAGGAGAAACAGAGCGGAGCUGCGUUCUGCUGCUCCUGUGUGGUUCUGCUCUUCACCGCAGUGAUGGAAGCUCUCAUAGAUCCACGGCUGAUUGCAAACUACAUCACUUUUGCGGUCGGAGAGGUUCUGCUGCUCAUCCUGACCAUCUGCUCUAUGGCUGCCAUCUUUCCCAGAGUUUUCCCCAAGAAGCUGGUUUCUUUCUCAAUGUGGAUCGACCACACUCGUUGGGCUCGGAACACCUGGGCCAUGGCAGCCAUUUUCAUCCUGACCAUGGCAGACCUCAUAGACAUGCUGAGUUGUCUGCCUGGAGUCCCYGAGUCAAACGGCCCCACACAGGCUCCCUCCUCUUCCUCGCGGUCCAGCCUCGAAGGUUGCCUGAACAACCCCAAGUAUUACAGCUACAUAGCGGUGUUAGCCCUCAUGGCCACCACCAUGCUGGUUCAAGUCAGUCACAUGGUGAAGCUCACGCUGAUGCUCCUCAUCACGGUGACGACCGGUAUCGUCAACAUCUACAGCUGGAGGGACAUCUUCGACCGCUACGACAAGGCCCGCUUCCAAGAUUACAGCGUGUUCAUGGUUCCUUCCAAGUUCACAAUGACAUGUAUGAUCUUCGUUAUGAUGGUCAGCUUCUAUUAUUUCUCCAGACAUGUGGAGAAACUUGCUCGAACCCUUUUCCUAUGGAAGAUUGAGGUCCAUGAGCAGAAGGAGAAGGUAAAUGAGAUGCGGCGCUGGAACGAAGCUCUGGUGACCAACAUGUUGCCUGAACACGUGGCUCGACACUUUCUGGGCUCCAAGAAAAGAGACGAGGAGCUGUACAGCCAGUCCUACGAUGAGAUUGGAGUCAUGUUUGCCUCGAUUCCCAACUUCUCCGACUUUUACACUGAAGAGAGCAUCAAUAACGGCGGCAUCGAGUGUUUACGCUUUCUGAACGAGAUCAUCUCAGACUUUGACAGCCUCCUGGAUGAGCCUCAGUUUCGCUGCAUCACCAAGAUCAAGACCAUCGGCAGCACCUACAUGGCUGCGUCAGGUGUGACUCCAGACAUCAACAACGACUACACCUGUAUGAAGGUCUGAAUAAAGGGGGGGUGUUAGCAGGAGUCAUCGGCGCACGGAAACCUCACUUUGACAUCUGGGGCAACACUGUGAAUGUAGCCAGUCGGAUGGAGUCCACAGGUGUGAUGGGAAACAUCCAGGUGGUGGAGGACUGCUACAACAUCUUGAAGGAGUACAACUUCCGCUUUGUGAGGCGGGGGCCCAUCUUUGUGAAGGGYAAAGGAGAGCUCCUCACUUAUUUUCUCAAAGGAAGAGACAAACAUGGCUCCUUUAUUAACGGCUCCUCGGUCACUCUGCCACACCAGGUGGUGGACAGUUAAAGAGUUCAGGUCCCAGCUACACUCUGAUGAAGGCAACAGGCAGAGGAGAGUUUAUCUGAAGACAGGUCGCUUGAACAAAAAUGGAAUUUAAAGGGUUUUCUAACAAAUAAAUUAGAAAGUGAGUAUUUCCCAAACCUUUAUCAGUUUGACAGUUUUUAUUCWGUAAACCUAUCGGUUAUUGUUGUAAACUGAUCUGAAAAAUUCUGAACAAGAUUUGUCAGAAACGUCAAAAAAAAGUUGACAAACACUAAAAAGGCAAAAAUGAGUGAAUACAACCCAGAAAUAAAGUUUUCUAAAACAGAUUUAAAAAGCACUUUCACAAAACACAAAGCUAACUCUCCACUGACGCACCUUUGAUCCACUGAGUGAGGCGCUAACAGAAUGCUAACAGAGUGCUAACAGAGUGCUAACAGCAGUAACACCUGAUAUAUGAAAAGUUCAGCAAGUAUUAAAGACAAACUGUCAGUUUAACCAGCAGACUGGGUUUAAAGGCCUAAACAGAUUGAUUACAGACGAGAUGGAUGAUGACACAGCUGCUGUAUUUAGUUAAAAAUUGAAAAAUGAAGUAAUAGUAGUAAUGUUUAAAAAUCAAUAUGAGGCAGUUGUUGCGCUUUAGCUGAGUUAAAGCUUGUUUUAUUUCUGAAUGAUAAAGAGUCUCAACUUAUAUAGUGUUUUACACUCCAUUCACACAGUGAUGGUGGUAAGCUACAUUGUAGCCACAGCUGCCCUGGGGCAGGCUGACAGAGGCGGGGCUGCCAUGCCAGUCAAGUUGGGUUAAGUGUCUUGUCCGAGGGCAUAAUGAAACAGACGGCUGGAUGGAACGGGAUCGAACAGGACAACUCCCCCAACCACUCUGCCACAGUCGCCCUGAAAGCUCACAUCAYGCCCUGGCUGUGGACGUUCAGUUUAAGUAAACACAUUUUUUGAAUCUUUCUAGUAAUUAUUUGGUUAUUCCUCAAAUAUUUGACACAGAAAUGACUUCCCGUCCCUCGACGUGGCUKCAUUCAGGAUUCUGAAGGUCCGAAGUGGAAUAAAGACGGGCUGAAUUGUUUUGUGAAACUGCUUAAAACAUAAAACCUGUAUUUAUUCCGAAUUUUUCAGAUUCGUCCAACCAUCAGUUAGAAAUGGCUSUGAGUCGUUUCGUACCUCUGCUAAAUUAUACUUUUGUAGCCACUGGUCGCCCAAACAUCAGUGAUUGAAUCUCCUGUUUUUAACGCAGAUUUAUUUAUUAGAGCUAUUUUUACAAAGACGAGCACAUUACAGUUAUAUAUUGAUGUAAAGCACAGCUUGAUCACAGGGCCUAUAAUUAUCUGUAAUGGCAUGUAGCAUGGGUGCACAAUGAUCCCUGCAGGGUAUGGCAGUGGGAGUGGGAAGAGUUGACCAGCAUCAGAUCUUCAGCUGAAACUCAGUUUGUUUCAGCAAACACCCGACCACACUCAGCGUUAUUUUCCUAACACAGCUGGCUGGUGGCUUCCAAACAGAAACCUUCACAGAACUAUGCUUUCAAACUGAUCUGAGUUCACAUUUUCUGUAUUUGAUGCAAAGGGAGGUUUUGAAGACGGUCUGGACUGAUCUGUAAGCUGCUGCUCCUCAUCAUGGGUUUGUAAGAGCUUCACUGAAGCUCYUCCAAAGCUGAGAUAUACAGUACUGGAUCUAAUGAAGAUACGACGGUGCUUCCCACAGGAAGCAUUAGYCAGUCAGAGAUACUGAAACAGUCACCAACACAGGUCUGUGUGSUCACAUUUCAUGGACUUUGUACAGGUACUGGCUCAGAUCUAUGCUGCGUUCAGGUGCAGUGGGACAGUUGAAGUGAAUUUGGUUUAAAUUAAGAGGUAAAAUGAUUCACAUCAGUUGCACUGAUUUGUUUGACGUUGACACCGUCUUUAUAAAGAUACAAACUUUUUUUAAACUAACAUCAAAUCAGAUUAAAAGUUUCUGUUUUAGGUCAGUUCUGUUUUUUUUUAAAUGUUUGAGUGGAGACAGCCGCCAACCAGCUUCAGCAGCAGCUUUAUGAGAACUGCAGCUUUGGUUUUCAGGUUGGUUUGCCCUGAGACAUGUUCUUCUGAGAACAGAACUGUCUCUUUCCUGAGCCGUACGAUGGCAGGAAGUUCUCGUGGUGUUUAUUUAUGUACCUAUAUUUAAUCAGAUGAACCUUCAGACAUCUGGAAAUUAUACCAAAGGAUGAUUCAGAGCAGUUUCUCCUUCUGAGAUCUUCAAUGAUUUUUUUUUUUUGCUUUGUUUAUGUCUCACAAAGAAGUUUGUGAGACACAAACAACCACCAAAAUAAAUUGUUUUAAAACAGCUCAAAUUCAAAACGUGCCAUCAUCUUUUUCCACAUGAGGCUUUUUAAUCAAACUUCAGAAGUGAACCUAAAUAUAACCCAGCUGUAAAGGUUCGGAAAGAGUUUGAUGAGCAGCUGAGGAAACUUUAGGACCAGCUGUUAGCUUGUUAAACCCUUUUCUCCAAGCUAGAGCUGGUCAAAGAGCUAGCUCCAACAGAUGCUACUUGUUCAUUAAUUUUACACAGUUCUGUGUCAAAAUGGCUGAAAUGUCUCUUUAAAAGGAGCAUUUUUCUUGGAUUGUUUUACAACUACUACACUAUGUUUUGGACUGUGAGAGGUAAUGGUGUAGAAAACCCACAGAAACAUGAGAAGAACAUGUAAACUCUUCCCAGGUCAAGACCAGGGAUCAAACCUGGGACCUUCUUCUUGUGAGGCUGACCACUGAUCCARCGAGCUGCCGAGCUCCUCACUUAAAACUGAAUGCUGGUUCUUCACAACGUCGGAAAAGUUGAUUCCUUUAAGCUCCAAAUGUGCCGAGGUUAGAAGAGGAUGUGCUGAACUGUCGGAUCACCUGCAAUUUCUAAGGAGAAGCAGAACUCGGUGUUUGCGCUGCUGAUUGUACAGUUUUAAAUAGGACAGUGCWCUAGUUUGUUGUACAAAGCCUCAUGUUCUUGAAGAGUCGCUCAUUCUUUAUUUUAUUCUUUAAUUUUUAUUUUGAUAAUGUGAGGAUUUUACUCAGAAGAAGGGAUGAGAUCUGAAAGUAUUUUUAUUGUAUUAUUGUCUCAAACUGUGUUUAUUGAUCAGAGUAUUUAAGUGACAGGGAUGUAUUUUUCUUUAUUACAAAGCAGACUUUAUAUAAGAGGAAACAGACAGGGAGCMUCUCACAUUCUGUUUUUCAGGACUGGGAUGGAUUAACAGCUCUGUUUGAUUGUGUUUUAUUUUGAGGUGAAUCCCACAGGGUCUGUGGGUCUGAUGGUUCCUGCUGUCACUCUUCAGAUUUUAGACACCAGCAGGUGAACUUUGCACAUCCUGUGGACUUUAUCCUUGUUUUUAAAUUCCUUUUUUUUUCAGUUAAUUGUCAUUUUAUUGUGAAUCCAUUAAACUAGAGCUAAUCAAGGCAA